CUUACUAUUUUGCUUCACAAAAAAACAGGAAUAGCAAACCUCUCUUUGAAUCCACGUUUAAAUCAGCACGUCCAAAUCCAACUGGAGCUGGCUGAAUCCCAUCCAAAUUCAAUUUACCUACCCAUUUCUCUCCCACUGAUUUGCUUUCGUUGGUAGUUGCCAAAUCCUUGGUUUUUCAGUAUUUUCUCUCUUUCCUUCUCUCCACCUAAACCUUACGGAUUCUAUUUGUAGAUUACAGCGUUGAAGUAUUGAACUUUCGGGUAGUUACUCAUAAAACCCCACAUCUCCGAACAAGUGGGUUUUUUUUCCUUCUUCGUGCUUCUUGUUUUGGUGUCCGGUCAAUGAGUUCUUCUGGCUUCUUGUUUUCUUGAGGGAAACUGAGGAAGAAAUGACUUUACACACCUCGUUUCUGCUUCUGUGUCUGAUAUCUGGGAUAAUUUUUGUGAAAUGUGAUUCCUUUCCAUCGCAUGAAGUUGGGGCCCUUACAACCUUUAAGGAAGCUAUAUACGAAGACCCAGUUCUGGUUUUGUCCAACUGGAAUGCCCUAGAUCCAAAUCCUUGUGAUUGGUACGGCAUUUCGUGUACCGACGCUCGAGACCACGUUGUAAAGCUUAACAUUUCUGGGUCAUCCUUGAAGGGAUUUCUCGCACAAGAACUGGGGCAACUCACCUUCAUGCAAGAAUUGAUAUUGCACGGGAACAAAUUGAUUGGGAUAUUGCCUAAAGAACUUGGCAUGUUGAAAUCCCUCCAGGUUUUAGAUUUGGGGAUGAAUCAAUUGUCUAGUCAUAUUCCUCCAGAGAUUGGAAGAUUGGCUAACGUUGUAAAGAUAAACCUUCAGUCAAAUGGGUUGACCGGUAAGAUACCUCCUGAGCUUUGCAAUUUGAGAUAUCUCCAGGAACUUCGGUUGGACAGGAAUAAGCUUCAAGGAACUGUUCCUGCUGCUGGAAAUUCAGAUUUUUCACCUUACAUAAAUGGGAAGUAUGGUGCAAGCAGAAACUUAACAGGCUUUUGUCGCUUAAAAGUUGCAAAUUUCUCAAACAACUUCUUUGUUGGGAGCAUACCUAAGUGCUUGGAGGAUCUUCCAAGGUCAAGUUUUCAAGGGAACUGCCUCCAACAAAAAGAUUCAAAACAGCGUCCAACCAUUCAAUGUGGAGGUGCUCCACCUGCCAAAAGCCAUCCCGGAGCAAACUUGAAGCAUCCGCCAGCUAAGGGUGCAUCAAAGCAUCAGAGGGCAUCAAAACCUGUCUGGCUUUUAGCUCUAGAAAUAGCAACAGGAACUAUGGUGGGUUCUCUGUUUCUGGUUGCUAUUCUUACUGCUCUUCAGAAGUGCAAUAGUAAAUCUUCUAUCAUAAUCCCCUGGAAGAAAUCAGCAAGUGGAAAAGACCAUAUGACUGUAUGCAUAGAUUCAGAAAAUUUGAAAGAUGUGGUGAGAUACAGCAGGCAGGACCUUGAAGUAGCCUGUGAAGACUUCAGCAAUAUUAUUGGCUCCUCACCAGACAGCGUGGUCUACAAAGGUACGAUGAAAGGUGGACCUGAGAUUGCAGUGAUAUCCUUCUGCAUCAAAGAAGAGCAUUGGACAGGCUAUCUUGAGCUUUACUUUCAGAGAGAGGUGGCUGAUUUGGCAAGAUUAAAUCACGAGAAUGCAGGAAAACUUCUUGGUUAUUGUAGAGAGAGCACUCCAUUUACAAGGAUGCUGGUUUUUGAGUAUGCGUCAAAUGGAACACUGUAUGAGCACCUACAUUAUGGAGAAGGAUGCCAAUUUUCUUGGACUAGGCGUAUGAAGAUUGCUAUUGGAAUUGCACGUGGACUGAAGUAUCUUCACACAGAACUUGAGCCACCAUUUACCAUAUCAGAGUUGAAUUCUAGUGCCAUUUAUCUUACGGAAGAUUUUUCCCCCAAGCUGGUUGAUUUUGAAUGUUGGAAGACUAUUCUUGCAAGGUCAGAAAAGAACUCAGCUGCUAUUGGCAACCAAGGUGCUCUCUGUGUUCUUCCAAAUUCCCUGCAGGCACGCCAUCUGGAUGUCCAAGGCAAUGUGUAUGCUUUCGGUGUACUUCUACUGGAAAUUAUAAGCGGGAGACCUCCGUAUUGCAAGGAUAAAGGGUUCUUAGUCGAAUGGGCCAAGAACUACCUCGAACUACCAGAAGUCAUGUCUUAUGUGGUGGAUCCAGAGUUGAAACAUUUCAAAAACGAAGACCUCAAAGUUAUAUGCGAGGUAGUAAAUCUUUGCAUCCACCCAGACUCCAGCAAGCAGCUAUCCAUGAAGGAAGUGUGUACCAUAUUAGAGAGCAGAAUUGACUCAUCAGUACCCGUCGACUUUAAGACUUCUUCUCUGGCCUGGGCCGAGCUGGCACUUUCAUCGUAAAGAGCUGAAGCAAACAAGCCAUAGAUCAGUACUAUACAACUGUAAUACUAUUUUUUUUUUUCCAUUUCCCCCCAUCUCAAUUUCUAUGUUCCUUGUAAAUGCUUGCAUGCAAGAGCAAAAGUAAAGCCUCAUGCCUGACAAAGUCUCUUUGUAUACAAUUCCAUGAGUAGUAAAGUCGUGAGAUCAAUUGAAUCACA